AUGACUUCGUCUGAGAAGGUAUCAGCACUCGUGGGUUUGAAGAGAACCUGUGUUAGUAAAAUAAAACUUAUUAAUCUUGCGUGGAAUGAUCUUGAAGAAAAUUUAGAUUAUUCAGAAAAGGCAUUUGAUGAAGCUAUAAUUGAUCUCCGGACAAGAGAAGCUGGUUUGAAUAAGACCCGUAAGUCCAUUGAAGAAAGUAAGGAAGAAGUUGAGUUGUUAAGGAAGUCGGUGGAUUCCCGUUUGGAUAAAUUGCUGCAGAGGGAGAAGCAAGCUGACGAUUUGGAUCUUAAGGAGAGAGUACUUAAUGAUCGCUUCAAAAGGCUUGAUGAGAUCCAAAAACUGCAUGAGGAGUCAGGAGAGGCAAACAAAAUCAGAGGUAAAGAACUUGAUUCUCUUGAAGCCUCCUUCAAUCGAUCUCUUAAGGAAUUCCAUUUGAAAGAGAAGUAUUUUAAGUUGGACAAGGAAAUGUUAGAUCUGCAAAUGAAAGAGCUUGGACUUAAACAAGAGGAACUUGAGGAGAAGUUGAAAGAAAUUGACAAGACUCGAGAAUCUGUAGAACACCAUGCUAAGGAAGUUGAAAUGGAAAGGAAUCGUCUUCAUGAACAAAGGAGGGAUCUUGAGUUAAAAGAGCAACAGUUGACUUCACAUAACAUCAAGCCCCUUAUGGAACGAGUUUCCAAUUUGCUACAGAAAAAGGCUGGUGAUAAUAAACGCCCUGGAUCUUUCCUUGAUUCAAACCCGGAAGCUCACAGGGUCAAGAAAGAUUGCAGUGAUGUCUCCAUUCAUGAAACAAGCAACGAAAUCGUCGCGAUCACAGUAUCCAACAACUCAUCCGAUAAAUCUGGGAGACAUCUCGUGAGCACUUUCGACAUCGUGAGGAGAUCUCUUGUAUUAAACAAUGGUGACGAGAUCCGGAUUGAUGAAGAAGAUGUGCAGUGUGUGCUGAACAUUCCUAGAGGGGAAAUUGAAAUAGUUGAGUCCAAUGGGAACGACUCAAAGGACCUUGUAUAUAAUGACUUUUUGAAGAAUUGGAGGAGAAGAUGGGGUCUCCAUCAAAACAAGGGAGCUCCUGAAUCAAAUGCGAUGCCAUUUGAAUCUGAAGGAGGUGGCUUUGGACGUGGGAGAGGUGUUGCACGCCUUCCACUUCUUGAAGAGGAUCAUCCUGAGAUUCCAGAUCAGGAUCAUCCUGAGAUUCCAGAUCAGGAUUUGGGAGAAGCUCAACAUUAG